AUGUCAAUCGGCGCCUUUGAGGCGAUCGUUAAAAAUGCAGGACCUCGGACCUCAACGGCGCUGUUCUUACAGUAUAAUACGCAGCUGGGACCACCGUACCAUGUUCUUCUCGACACGAAUUUCAUCAACUUUUCUAUACAAAACAAACUGGACAUCGUCAAGUCCAUGAUGGACUGCCUGUACGCCAAAUGUAUUCCAUACAUUACCGAUUGUGUUCUUGGAGAAUUAGAGAAAUUGGGACCUAAAUAUCGACUGGCUUUGAAGGUGACGAAGGAUCCAAGGUUUCAGCGUCUCGUUUGCCUGCACGACGGCACUUACGCCGACGACUGCUUGGUUCAGCGUGUUACGCAAUUCAAGUGCUACAUUGUUGCCACGUGUGAUAAAGAUCUCAAAAGAAGAAUUCGAAAAAUUCCUGGUGUACCAAUUAUGUACAUUAGCAGACAUCGGUAUAUAUUGUUUUAUGUUCUGAGACUUACUACAGAUGUAUUGGAAUACUGUUAUCCGCACCCUUUCGUUCCCAGAAACCUGCAAAUAAACUUUCUGAAAGAAGUGACAUCUUAUAGGUAAUU